AUGACCACCAACGCUGACCGAUUCUUGACCGUUACUGCCUGGCUGACCUAUGUUGCCGGACGUCUGACAAGAAAAGCCUACGAAUUGAUCCUGCCGAAGACCCGCUACGGAGUUCCUGACUUCCUUGAUUACCCGGAAAUGCUUGCCUACCUGGAGAACGCCUUUGGAGACCCCGACCGUAUUCAGAAUACCCAGAAUAAGCUAUACCAGUUGAAGUAG